AGAGGUGCGGCCGGGAACCUGAAGCAGCGCUUUGAGAACAUGGCCAAGUCUGCCGACGAAGAGAACCAGAAGCGGGUAGAGGAGGAGCGCAUGCGCCGCCAGGCCCGGGAGCAGCGGGAGAAGCAGGUGGCCCAGGAGCAGCAGAAGGUAACCCAGAAGAGCCAAGAGCCGGACUACAAACCCCCCGGACAGGAGCCCUCCCUAGUGCCUACCAAGGUGUGCCAAGAGGCCAGCUUGCCACCUGUGCCAGCAGCGCACCAGGGAGCAGCAGAGGAGGAAGAGGAGAAGCCCCCUGCCCUCCCCCCACGCCAUCUGGACUUGGAGGAAGGUGCCCAAGACUUGCCCAAGGCCCCUCCUACGCAGACCCUCCUCGACGCCGAGACUGCGGAUGGCGGCAACGACUACGAGGACAUCGCCGUGGCCCCCAGCCGCUGGGAGGAACCUCCGGACCUCAAGGAGGAGGAGGAGGAGGGCGGCGAGGGGGACUACGAAGAGAUGCCGGGGCCCCUGGGGGAGGCGGAGCCCGUCUACGACGACUCUGCCGACGCGGGCCAGGACUAUGAGGAGAUCCCAGACUGGAAGACCGGCAGCCGUGGGGCAGUGCCCCCAGGAGGGAGUGAAGGACCGGUGUACGAGGUGGGCGAUCCAGGCUUGUCUGCUGUGGCCCUCUAUGAUUACCAGGGAGAUGGGGACGAUGAGAUCUCCUUCGACCCCGGCGACACCAUCACGCACAUCGAGCAGGUGGACGAGGGCUGGUGGCGUGGGCGCUGCCACGGGGCUGUGGGCCUCUUCCCGGCCAAUUACGUGGACCUCCUGAAGUGAGACCCUCCACACGCCUCUCCCUCCCAGCUACCCCGAUGACACGUCCCUGAUCCUGCUUGGGGGGGGGGCAGGAGCAUAGGAGAACGGGGUGUUGCUUCCCUAACCCUCAUUUCACAAUCGAGCUCCAGGCAUGGAGAUCAAACGCUUUUCCUCCCCAGGGGCAGCAGGGUGGAAAUGGGCCCACGGAGAGCUCCGAGCUGCAGCUCCCGGCCUGGGGUGGUUUCCUGAGCUUUCGCAGUCUGUAUCCUGAUCCGUCCCGCUCUUGGUACUGGGUAUCCCCAGAAACUCCCUUUUUGGGCACCACAGAUACAGAACAACACACAGCAGGCAAUGAAAAGUGGGGGUGGGAGGCGUCAAGCUCUGGGGAGCAGGUCUAUGGCUGCCGGCUCUGUGACACGGCGGAAACCUCACCGGCCCUUCUUGUCUUUGCCUAGUGUGGGCUCAAAGGGGGCAGGGCCGGCUCACUCACUAGGCGAAC